AUGUGUAUUCCUGAAAUGGUCGCCAAACUACUGGAAGGCUGUUCUGCUACCCUGUCCCUUAACCUUGACAAAAGGCCGCUUCAGCAGGAUUUGGUGUAUUUUGAAGACAUGGUGCACAAGCUUCUGGAUUGCAUACUUUUGCCGGCUUCGUUACUGCUUUUAUCUUCACAGCUUUUUCUCAACAAUAAAGAACAAGCACUGGCUCACUGUAGAAGGAUGUGGAGAAGGAUCGACUUCCUGCACACCGUGCUUGAAUUGGGUUACAAUUUCGUCUUCACGAAAGAUGAGUAUGUCAAGGACCUUGGGUUGAAGAUGAGAUUCCUGGACACGGCUUAUUUCGGUGGACUUUCGAUGUCGGGCUGGAGUAAGAUCCGCGAAAAGCUUCCUCGAUUCGUGGAAGACAUGCUGGAUGGCAGCUAUCGCGAGGUCCUGAUUGACGGCUUGUUAGUGCUGACCUACAGUGGUUUUGUCACUCAGCUCUUCAAAGGCGAUUCGGCAACGAAGGAGGAUCUUGCCUCGGCUGUGGAGAAAAUCACCGACAAGGUCUCCGACGAGAGCGGGAGUUUACAGACUGAGAUAAAGGAAGUGAAGGUGUGCGCUCGCGAGCUGAAGACGUGGGCUAAGAAGGUCGAGCUGGAGAGGACCAAGAGCGACCUGAACGAGGAGACCAACCAGAUUGGCCAGGUGAAGGAGAGUGGCAACGAUCAGCUGAAAGAGGGUGGUAACAAUGGAGAUUAA